UCUUUCCGCCGCCCAGCCUGCCGGGGAGCUGGGAGCUGGAUUAUGGUGGCCUGACCAGCGGACGCAGCGGCCGGUCGGGAGCCCUGCCUCUCCCACCGCGAACCAGCCAGCCCUGCCAUGCUCGCCCCUCCCCGCUCCCCCGGGGGGCCCGGGCCGGCCUCCCCCAGACCUCUGCUGAGGUGGGACGCCGCCGGCCAGAUGUAGCCUGGAUCGCCUCCUUCCCUGUCUCCGCGAUCCCUCCUGCCUGAUACCCACAGCCUGGCCCGGCCGCUCAGGGGCCUGCAGCCGCCCUGAUGCCGCACAGCCCCCUCUCCUGAGCAGCCACAGCAGCACCGAGUGGGGGGCAGGCAGCAGGGUCGGACGUGGGCCGAGUGAGCCCGAGGGCUGGAGCCAGGGCCCACGAUGGCCCAGGCGCUGCCCUGGCUCCUGCUGUGGGUGGGCUCUGCAGUGCUGCCUGCCCACUGCCCCCCGCCCGGCAUCCGGCUGCCUCUGCGGAGCGGGCUGGGGGGCACCCCCCUGGGGCUGCGGCUGCCCCGGGACACGGAGGGGCCGGAGGGGCCUGGCCGGAGGGGCAGCUUUGUGGAGAUGGUGGACAACCUGCGGGGCAAGUCCGGCCAGGGCUACUAUGUGGAGAUGACUGUGGGCAGCCCCCCGCAGACGCUCAACAUCCUGGUGGACACGGGCAGCAGCAACUUCGCGGUGGGGGCUGCCCCCCACCCUUUCCUGCGCCGCUUCUACCAGAGGCAGCGGUCCAGCACCUACCGGGACCUCCGCAAGGGCGUGUACGUGCCCUACACCCAGGGCAAGUGGGAGGGGGAGCUGGGCACCGACCUGGUGAGCAUCCCCCACGGCCCCAAUGUCACCGUACGAGCCAACAUUGCUGCCAUCACUGAGUCAGACAAGUUCUUCAUCAACGGCUCCAACUGGGAAGGCAUUCUGGGGCUGGCCUACGCCGAGAUCGCCAGGCCCGACGACUCCCUGGAGCCCUUCUUCGACUCCCUGGUGAAGCAGACCCAGGUGCCCAACCUCUUCUCCCUGCAGCUGUGUGGCGCUGGCUUCCCCCUCAACCAGUCCGAGGCGCUGGCCUCGGUCGGAGGGAGCAUGAUCAUUGGGGGUAUCGACCACUCACUGUACACGGGCAGCCUCUGGUACACACCCAUCCGGCGGGAGUGGUAUUACGAGGUGAUCAUUGUGCGAGUGGAGGUCAAUGGACAGGACCUGAAAAUGGACUGCAAGGAGUACAACUACGACAAGAGCAUCGUGGACAGCGGCACCACCAACCUCCGCCUGCCCAAGAAAGUGUUUGACGCUGCAGUCAAAUCCAUCAAGGCAGCCUCCUCGACGGAGAAGUUCCCCGACGGCUUCUGGCUAGGGGAGCAGCUGGUGUGCUGGCAAGCCGGCACCACCCCCUGGAACAUCUUCCCAGUCAUCUCCCUCUACCUGAUGAGCGAGGUCAGCAAUCAGUCCUUCCGCAUCACCAUCCUUCCACAGCAAUACCUGCGGCCGGUGGAGGACGUGGCCACGUCCCAGGACGACUGCUACAAGUUCGCCAUCUCGCAGUCGUCCACGGGCACUGUCAUGGGAGCGGUCAUCAUGGAGGGCUUCUACGUCGUCUUUGAUCGGGCCAGGAAGCGAAUAGGCUUCGCCGUCAGCGCCUGCCACGUGCAUGACGAGUUCAGGACGGCGGCGGUGGAAGGCCCGUUCGUCACCCCGGACAUGGAGGACUGUGGCUACAACACCCCGCAGACGGACGAGUCGACGCUCAUGACCAUCGCCUACGUCAUGGCGGCCAUCUGCGCCCUCUUCAUGCUGCCGCUCUGCCUCAUGGUGUGCCAGUGGCGCUGCCUCCGCUGCCUGCACCCCGGGCAGGACGACUUCGCCGACGACCUCUCCCUGCUGAAGUGAGGGCCGGCAGACGGGACCCCGGGCACCGGGGGCGGGCUCCAGGGGCACGAGGAGUCCCGGAGGGCGCCGUGGCCAGAGCGCCUCAGGACCCUUGCCCACCCAUGAAAUGCCUCUGCCUGGACAGAACAGAAGCGAGCGCUGGCAGGUGGGUUGGAGCGGCGGCAGCUG